UCCUAUAAAAAUCUCUCCUGUCUCUCCCUGCCAAAAAUCCCUGGUGAAGGCCUAAUAUGAACAUCCUGCUCAUCUCGUUUCUGGCAUGCUUUGUUGUGGCACUGCCCUCAGAAAGUGCUCAAAAAGUCAAAUGGUGUGUGAAGUCACAGAAUGAAAUGAAAAAAUGCCAACACCUUGCCACCAAAUCAACAGAGCUUGAGUGUUAUCACACAUCGUCUGUAGUUGAGUGUAUGUCAGAUAUCUGGUGUGGUUGUGCAGAUGCUAUAACUGUAGAUGCAGAAGAUGUUUAUCAAGCUGGACUCCCAAAUUAUGACCUCCGUCCUAUCAUUGCAGAGAAGUAUAAAAAUGACUGCUGUCAUGCUGUGGCUGUGGUCAAGAGAGACACAGACUUCAACAUCAACGAUCUCAAAGGAAAGACUUCAUGCCACAGUUGUUAUCAAUGCCCUGGAGGCUGGAAUAAUCCCAUUGGAAGACUGGUUAAAGAACAUAAGAUUCCCUGGGAUGUUCAUGAUGACAUUGAGAAGGCUGUGUCACAAUUCUUUUCAAGCAGUUGCAUUCCUGGAAUAUCGAAAGCAGUGUACCCAAACCUGUGUCAAGCUUGCCAGGGUGACUGCAGCUGCUCAAACAGGGAAAAGUACUACGGUGAUGAAGGAGCCUUCCAGUGCUUGAAAAGUGGUCACGGACAAGUUGCCUUUAUGUGUCACUAUGGAGUCCCAUCGAGCGAGAUGCAGAACUAUCAGCUGUUGUGCAUGGAUGGCAGCAGGAAAAGCAUUGAGGAGUACGGGGACUGCUACCUCCUCAAAGAGAUGCACCAUGCUGUGAUCAGCCGCAAGAAUGCUGAUUCAGAGCAGAUUUAUAAAGUCCUUAAACAGAUUCAGGAUUCAGAUCUUUUCUCUUCUGCUGCUUUUGGGGGAAAGGACCUGAUGUUCUCAGAUGCUGCAACUGAACUGAUUGAGCUUCCCAAGAGCAUGGACUCCUUCCUCUACCUGAGAGAAGAUUAUUAUGAGGCCAUGCGUGCCCUUAGAGCUAGGAACCCACCACCUCCACCUCCACCUCAAGACCGUAAAAUUGAAUGGUGUACCAUUAGCCAUGCAGAGCAUCAGAAUUGUGACAGUUUACAGAUUCCUCGUAUGGAUUGCCGAAAUGCAUCAUCUGUGGAUGAAUGCAUAAAGAAAAUCAUGCGCAAGGAAGCAGAUGCCAUUGCAGUUGAUGGUGGCCAGGUGUAUAUUGCUGGAAAGUGUGGCCUAGUUCCAGUUAUGGUUGAGCAGUAUAUUCAGGAACGCUGUAAUGAUGGUGGAGAGGCCUCAAGUUACUAUGCUGUGGCCGUGGUGCGUAAGGGCUCAGGUGUAACCUGGAAAAACCUAAAAGGAAAAAAGUCAUGCCACACUGGCCUGAACCACAGUGCUGGUUGGAUAGUCCCAGUUUUAGCCAUAUGCGGCCAAACACCUGACUGCACCCUAUACAAUUUCUUCAGUAAAGGCUGCGCUCCUGGUGCUGAUCAUCAGUUAAACAUGUGUGACCUGUGUAAAGGCAGUGGGAAGCCAGUGGGAGAUGAGGGCAGAUGCAAAGCCUCUUCUGAAGAAAUAUAUUAUGGCGAUGAUGGGGCUUUCAGGUGUCUUGCAGAAAAAACUGGUGAAGUUGCUUUUAUCAAGCACACUAUUGUUGGGGAUUACACUGAUGGUAAAGGACCAGCGUGGGCUAGGGGUCUGAAGUCAGAAGAUUUUGAACUGAUCUGUCCAGAAUUACCAGACACAACAGUGAAAUACACUGAAUUUGAUAGAUGUAAUCUUGCCAAAGUGCCAGCUCAUGCUGUGAUCACCCGAGAAGAUGCACGGAAAGACGUGGUGAACGUUCUGAAGCAGGCUCAAGCCAAUCCAGAUGUUAAAGACAAGCUGUUCAAGUCAGAGGGUGGUAGAAACCUCCUUUUCUCUGAUUCCACUAAAUGCCUUCAGGAGAUUACUCAACCUUUAAAUGAAUUCCUGACACAAAAGUACAUCGACAUGAUUGAAAAGACCUACAUGACUGACCAGGGUAAACCAGAUCUGGUGAAAUCAUGCUCUUAUGGCUUUUGCUAACAUACACCAAAUUCAGGCCAUAUGAGCUUUGUUUUCCCCAAAGAAUCUACAUCUCUUACUUGCUCUAUUUCUCUUGGUGUUCAUGUUGGGCUACAGUGUUGGUACAAAUGUAUAUUUUAUGAUGACCCAGUUUGAAACAGUUAAAAAUUAGGAAUAGUAUUUUUUUUCUCUCAAAACCAUGUCUCUGGGAGUGUGUCAAUAAUAAUAGUUCAAGUCUUGAAAGGCAAGAGGUCAAAGCUGUGCAGUUCAUAUCAUGUCGAGCAUUAUUGUCAUUAGGAAUUAAACUGUUUCUCUUGAAGGUCCUGCUGUAACUUAAAACUAGUGUGACCUUUCAGACAAUAACCACAAACACACACACACACACACACACACAAAUAUAAAUGAAGGCUGCAUUACAAAAGAUAGCACAUAAUAAUAUUAUAAAUUGAACACACGUAACAGUAAUGCUGGGCAUUUAUGAAUAAUUAAGUAUUUGCCACUUUAAACAGAGCAUUAUGAAAAUUAGUGGAAAACCGCGACAAUCCUUGCAGAGUAUGCAUAUGGAUUCCAGAGUAGCAAGAGAAUAUAGAGAAGUAUAUAUAGAUAAGAUAGAUAGACUUUAUGUUAGACUGUCACUCUGAGAGGAGAAAAUGUCACUAAAAUGAACUGAAAAAAAAAAACACACAGUGCUGUAAUGAAA